AUGGAAGUGCCCCUGAGGUGCACUCCCAAGCCUCGAUACGUAACACCUAUUCCUAUAGGCACAGUUGCUGGCCUUUCGACAUUGCCAACAGCAGCAACUGAUCCACAUUCCAUGCGAGGCAAAAACAAAGAUCGAGUGGCUCCCACUGCCAUCAGCAUCCAUUACACCGCAGAGGCUACGGCAUCGUUCGUAAAUAUGAUGAAAGUGGCAUCAGAGAUGGAAUCCAAGAUGUUGUUAGUUGGUAUGGAUGCCCGACCGUCUGUCUUGGAGCUCCAUGACUCAUUUAAUAACCUUAGUCGUACUGCACACAACAGAAAGAAAAUCCUAAAUAGCAUUAAGAAACCAGCAUUCGACCGAGAUUAUAAGAUGAUUGGACCCACCAGCUUGCUGGAAGCUGUCAGAGACGGCAGCCAAAUUGCUGAACCUGCAUUGUAUCCGCAGCGACGGCAGAUCUCGAGUCACAUUCGCUCUGGUGCGAUCAUGUUUUACACUGAUCAAAGUGGCCAAAGCUGUGUCUUAAUCAACGAAAUUGAAUCCCAUGGCCGGUCUAGGAUGAUUAGUUGUCAUUCGGGACAAACAGCAACAGUGAAGGGUGUGCCAAAGAACUCAUCGCUUCCAGGAACAGUCCGAAAAGACAAAUACAAAGGCAUCCAUUCAGUUGCCCUGCAAGAAAAAGAUGGCAAGCAGUUCAUCAAUGGCACUUUCACGUGUUCUGGACCAGUCACUGACUCAGUUUUGUACCGUCCUUUGACCGCCUUCACUUUUGCCAACUCGGGCAGUGGUCAAGGAGCGGCAUUUGCAGCAGGUUUCAUCUUUAACAAAAUUGGUGAGGCUGUCAUUCUUCAUCAGGAGGAUGCUGUUCUUACUCGAGAAGAUGUUGAACAUUUUCACAAUCUUGCAGGUUCCAGUACGGAGUUCAAUCUCCCACUUUCCGAAAUUCUGAAGAUCUUCCUGGAAGACCAAAACGAGAUCAACGUGAUCGGAAAUACCUUUCUUAAUUCACAACUCCAAAAGCUGGUAAAAGCUCUUGCAAGACGAAUUUCGAUUGCAAAUAGAAAUAUCGCAAAGGCAUUCCAUAAUUUAUUCACAUUUUCAAAGUGA